CUCCCCUCCAUCCCUUCACUCCUCCUUUCUUCAUCUCCUCUACAUUACUGUCGCAUCGCCUGUGCGAUCCCUCCAGAUCUACUACAAACCACCCGAACCGACCCCACUCGACUCUCGGAGAUAAGAAUCCCCACCCACAAUCGUCAAUCGCCGCCACAACGAUCAGUCUCAUCCUCACGACACGUUGCCUUCCCCAGACAACAACCUCCCUGCUCAUUUCAACCCUUGCAUCUUACCCACCCGUCUCCUGCGAAUCCGAACCGUCACAUUGAGCCACACCCUCGCUCCCUCCUCCCGUUUCCUUUCCUCCGGUCGGAAUUCUUGUCGCCCCGCUGAGCUCUUCCCGAGAGCCCUCCCCGGUGCGCCGUUGACCCCGUCAGGCGACAACGACGUCCUGGUCCUCGGUCGACAAGAGAUUCUGACAAGAUCACAUUCACGCUGGGCACAUGAGUGGCAAGCUUUGGGAAUCCUUUCUGCGCGAUGACGUCGAGACCUUCCGGGGUGUCCUGGCCUCCGCCAGCUACAAGACCUCCGGCGGAACCCCCAAUUCCAAAGCUGGAGGCUCCGGGUCGGUGAUCGCCUCGUCGCCGGGCCUCUUCCACCGCAGUAAAAAGCUCGGAGAGGCUUCUCCUGGAACCUCGCUGCCUGAUCGCAGCACGACGUCGCGACCCGGUCGGACCAUCUCGCGCGAGGAAUUGAACGCCCGCGAUCACCAUGGCCGCACGCUCCUGCACCACGUGGCCUCAUCGCCCAAGCCGACCGCCAUCGACUUCGCCAUCAUGCUGCUCGAGACUCCGUUCAUCGAUAUAUACGCACAGGACUGGGAGAGUGGGUGGACAGCCCUGCACCGCGCGCUGUAUGCCGGGAACGCGGCCAUCGCUCAGGCGCUGAUGGCGCGAGACAUCCGGGACGCGACCGACUUCAGCAAGGCGGGGUCACCGGGUCAUCCCGGUGGAGGUCUGAUCAAGGUGAAGGAUCGCGAGGGGUACAGCCCGUUUGACGUGUACGGGGCCACCAUCUCCUCGCGCGAGAUCAAGCGCAUGGUGCUCCCGGCGAUGGAGCACGAUCCUCUGCUCGCCGAUAUCGAGAAUAAGGACGAUGAGUCGAGUGCGUCGUCCUUUGGGGAGGACAUGGACGAGGACGGCCAUGCGCCGCGGGGUGUAUUGCGACCCCGCGUCAACCUCUUGGCCGAUGAAGUAUACACCUUUGGGAGCAAUAAAAAUUUGAAUCUAGGCGUGGGGGAUCAGGAUGAUCGGCAGUUUCCAGAGCGAAUGACGCUGAAACGCCCGGAACACCUGCUGCGCCGAUUCUUCCGCGAGUCCCAGGAACAGCGGGAUGACGAUCACCCCCCGGGCUCUGAUGACGCGGAAGAUCUCCCCGCGCUGAUCAGGAACAAGCCGAUGAAAUACCAGGACAUCGUCAUGUCCAAGCUGCACACAGCCAUUCUGACGACCGACCCGGAAGCCAACCUCUUUACAUGCGGAUUUGGCCCGGGAGGUCGGCUAGGCACAGGCGACGAGUCCACGCGAUUCAGCUUCGUCUGCAUCGAGGGCGGAGGCCUCGCAAACCGAAAGGUCGUCUCCGUGGCUCUCGGCCAGGACCACACGCUCGCCAUCUCCGAGCAAGGCGAGAUCUUCAGCUGGGGUAGCAACAAGUACGGCCAACUAGGCUACAGCCUACCACGAGCCACCAACCGAGACGACGUGCCCAUCCAGACCACCCCCCGCCAGAUCUUCAACCCCUUCAAGAAAGAGAUGAUCCUCGGCGCCGCGGCGUCAGCCAUCCACUCAGUCGUCUUCAGCCACGCAGGCCUCUACACAUUCGGCAAAAACGAAGGCCAGCUCGGCCUAGUUGACUCCGACGCGCGGUCCCUCGAGGCGCAAACAACCCCCCGACGCGUCGGAGCCUCCCUCUUCAACGCUCCAAUCCACACCGUAUCCGCCAUCGACCAAGCCACCGCCAUCCUCCUCCACAACCACGAAGUGUGGGUCUUCGCGCAAUACGGCUACCUCAAACUAUCUUUCCCCCUAGACAUCAGCUCGAAAUUCAUCCGCGACAGCUUCAUGACCACCCGCUACGACACCGCCGUCAACAGAAUCAUCAAGAUCCGCUCCGGCGGCAACACCAUCUGCGCCCUCUCUAGCUUCGGCGAGGUCUUUACCGUGCAGGUGAACACCAAAACCGACACCCCGUCCGCAACCUCCACCACCAACCCGUCGAAAAUCCGCAACGCCGUCGCGCCGCCUGCGCGCGUGUGGGCGCUCAAGAAGGCCCACAUGGCUGUUAAGGAUGUCGACGUCGGCCAGGACGGCUCAAUCAUCAUCUGCACGGCGUCUGGGUCGGCGUGGCGGAAGGAAAAGCGGGGGAAGAGCAAGGAUGGCGUUGCGAAGGAGUACAAGUUUGCUCGUGUGCCGGGCUUGUCGAGGGUUGUGGGCGUGUGCAGUAAUUCGUUUGGGGCGUUUGCGGCUGCGCAAAGGGAUUGUGAUGUUACGAGGGAGCAGAUUGAGGUUGGGCCGAGUACGCUCUGGAAGGAUCUGCUGCCGUUGUCUCCGUUCGGCGUCUUUGCUUCUAUGGCUAGCGGAGAUUCAGAAGCUGGAGAUGGGGAUGCGCUGCUGGUUGAGCCCACCCUGGCCAUCAAACAGGCAGUGAUGUCCGCCUCGGACAUCGAGUCCUUCUUUCCACCGCCGCCGAUCAAUCUACCCCAGGGAGUAGUCCUCAUAACGACCACGCUAUCAGACGUACAGAUCCCAGUGCACGAGUUCGUCCUCUCCGGCCGCAGCCCCGUCCUACGAAAAGCAUUCCACACAUUCCGCAAAUCAACCACAUACACCCUCCCAGACAUCCUCUCCAUCUCGCACGAUCAAGACAACCGCACACGCGUCCUCUUUCACAACCUCGACAUCUACACACUCCUCAACUUCGCCUUCUUCAUCUACACAGACAACAUAUUUGACGUAUGGCAUCUCGCCCGGCACACACCCGAAAGCGCACUCCGCUACCGCCAAGUUCGCACAGAAGUAAUGCGUCUAGGUACACAUCUCAACAUCCCAUCCAUCGAGCGCGCCGCGCGCCUCAUGAUCGAUCCCCACAAGUCACUCAAAUUCGACAUGGCGCUGGCACUCACAGACCCCGCCUUCUUCGAAAGCGGCGACGUCGUCAUCGAGCUCAAUCACGACGAAGUCAGAGUUCAUAGCCAGGUCAUCUGCCAGAGAAGUCUCUUCUUCGAUGUGCUAUUUAACGGCCGCUCUGGUGGUAGAUGGCUUCUCUCCCGCCGGGAAAAUUCAAACUCGUCGGACAGUAGCAUCCGCGUCGACCUGCGGCAUAUCGAUAGACCCGUGUUUGACUUCGUACUGCGGUACUUGUACGCCGAUACAGACGAGCAGCUCUUCGAUGAGGUCCGCUCAAAAGAUCUAGACAGUUUCAUGGACCUGGUGUUUGAGGUCGCGUUUGUGGCGAAUGAGUUGAUGAUUGAUCGAUUGGCGCAGGUUUGUCAGAGGGUGAUUGGGCAGUUUGUAAACGCGCGCAACGUCUGCACUCUCCUCAACUCCAUCGCGCCAUGCUACGUUACCGAAUUCCGCGACGCCGCGCUGGAGUACAUCUGUUUGAAUCUGGAGGGGCUUCUCACCAAUAGGGGUCUGGAAGAUCUCAACGAGAACCUCCUCACCGCGCUAGACCAAGUCUGCCACGACAAUCAACUCUCCAGCUUUCCCGUCUCCAGAGGACGUAAUACAGACGAGUACAUCCUCGAGAUGUAUCCCGAGCUGGUCUCUUUCAUCGAGAGCGACAGACAGCAAAGGAUAGACUCCAUGAAGUUGCGGACGCGGAUUAACAACACUAACGAAGGGAAGCGCAUGCCAAACGGCGACAAAACGCCUUCGUCGGCGCAGAGGACCAAAACGAAGGAUGUCUUCACGACGCCCUCGAAAAGUCCCUCGCUGAGACCGAGACAGUCUGCAGGUGAACUGAUGUUCGCGAUGGACGAUGACCAGUUCCUGUCCCCGGGGGAUGGCCUGAAAGGGAAGAGCGUCGUCCGUGGGUCCAGAGGUGUAGACGCACACUACGACUCGCCCGCUCUGGCAUCCAGCCUCGCAGACGACUCACCACACGGUGGAAGAAGCUACCUCGACGACCUGAUGACAUCCUCCCACGAGCCCGAAUCCCCCAGCUACAGCCGCGCCCAAAACAGGAUCAACAACUCGGCCGUCCCAUGGACGAACCCCUCCUCCGCAACCUCCGUGGUAACCGGCUCGAAGAAGCCCCUCAAGGACAUAAUGCAGGAAGCGACCUCCUCCCAGGGACAGGUAUCGAACCUCAGCCUGGGCAUGUCUGCCAAACGCGAGAACAGUCAGUCUGCUACUGCGCCUAAAAUGUCGCAGAAAGAGCGCAAGAAGAUGCAGAUGCUGCAGAUGCAGGAGAUGCUCGCUGCGGAGGAGAGGUCGAAGGAGGCGAGGGCUAAUCCUUGGGGGGUGCCUCCUCCUCCUCCUCCUACUUCUUCUUCUUCUUCUGCUGCUGCUGCUGCUUCGAGCAAGGUGGUGGCUCCUGUUAAUGGAUCAGAGCCUACGCCAGCCGAAAUGGGUAAACCGACUAGGAAACCUUCUAUGACGAUGCGGCAGACGGUGGCGGGGACGCCGCCGUUGAAGGGGCAGUCCAUGGGGUCUGUGCCAGUUAAAUCGGGGGAUGGUGUUGCUGGGGGUGCGCAGCGGACUCCUCCAUCCCAGCCAUCGUUACCAUCAUCUCAACUCAAUCUUACUCCCACUCACCCUCCCACCCAACAACCUCUUCAACAACAAACCCAGCAAAAACCAACCCACUCUAUCCGGCACAACGCCGCCUCGACCCACCCCCCAACCUCAAACCCAACCCCAACAUCCACCUCAAAAUCCAAACCAGCCAAAAGAUCCAAACGAACCUCCCUCUCAACAAUCCUCCUCCAACAACAAACCGAAAAGGACGAAAUCCGCGAAGCAGCCACCGCCAAGCACAAUCUCCACGAUAUCCAGCUCGAGCAGCAGUUCCAGGAGUGGUGGAACAAGGAGAGUAGGCGUAUCCAGGGACUUCCCGAUGAGGAGGAGCCGGAGGAGGAGCAGACGGGUGAUGAUAUCGGGAAGGGUGGAAAGAAGGAUAAGAGUCAUAAGAAUGAUGGGAGGGGUGGGAGGAAGGGUCAGGCGCAGGGGAAUGCCUCCAGCUCUGGCUCUGGACAGAACGCGAAUCGCAAGAGAGGGCGCGGUGGUGCUGGUGGUGCUGGUGGGGGAGGAGGAGCUGGGAAAGCUGCUGGAAGCGCAGAUGCAGCCACAAACACAAACACAAACACAGCGGGUCGGGGUAGGCAUCUACCCUCGAGACAGAAGAAUGGCCAUGAUGGCCCUGCUCCUGGUGGUAGUAGCAGUCUUCCGAAGAAGGAUUCCAGUGCCAGUGCGAACGCGACUGCAAAUGUGCAUACACAGAAAGCCCCUCCUCAGCGGACAGAACACGCCCCUCACCACCGCCAACAACACCAGCAUCAAACCAAGAAAGCAAAUGUUAACCAUAGGGAGUCUGUUCCCGUGAGUGGCAGCGGAGGAGGUGGUGCGGCCCCACGCGGUGGUGGAGGAGGAGGAGAAAGAGGGCGAGGAGGCGCUCACAGGGGACGAGGUCGAUAGCCCCAUCUCUUUCUUUCUCUUUGUAUGAAUUGUGAUAUAUAUUUUGGUCUUGGUUGGGUUUGCG